AUGGCUGAAAACAAUCAUAAUAACAACGUUCAGUUGAAUAAUGGUAUCAUGGAUGUUGUUCAAGGAAAUGGACCUGAACUAAUUUCAACAACACAAGUAUUCACUGUACAAGGGUCAAAUUUGAAAGAUCAUAAAGAACAACGUCAGAAAAAGAAAAAAUCACAUGGCAAUCGGAAAGAGCAACAUAAGAGACGAAGACUUCUUCGUCGUCAACAACAACAACAACAAAACCAUGCUAAUAAUAAUGUUGAACAUAAUAGUGAUAUGGAUCAAAAUAUCAUUGAUCAACGACAGCAAGAUGAAGAACGAGAACUAAUUCAUGAUGAUCGAAUGGCUAGUCAACAGCGAAUAACAACAGAAAAUAAACGUAAACGUCCAGGAAGUACAGAUAACAUCAAUGUCAGUCGAUCAUUCAGUCAAUUAUCUAUCAUACAAAGAAAUUCAAAGAAGAAAAAAUCAACAUCACGAAAUAAUCUAUCGGAUAAUGAUGCAGUACAUGCAACAGCUAAUGAUAAUCAACAACAACAUCGUGAUCACAAUGUUGAAGAUAUGGAUCAUUCAUCAGAAGAAAGUUAUAUGCAACAAUUCAAACCUCGUUACUUACGAGUUUCUGAUAAAAUAUUUAAACGAGUGUUAUCGAAUACAAUAGACCAGGAUAAUAAUAUGGUAAAAAAUCUAGAUACUAAGGAGAAACUAGAACUCGUUCGACAAGUCACUGAAGCAACCAAUAAUUUAUAUUAUUUUGAUUUACAACGUCAACUAUGGCAAGAAUAUUAUGAUAUUGGUAUGAAAGAAAAUGUAUGGGGACAAAAAAUAUCGAAAUCUGCUGCUCAACAGCAUCGUACAUGUCGUGCCUCUGGUUUACCUCAAUCCAUCGUCGAACAACGUCAACAGACAAUUGCACGACAACUUCAGCAUGUUACCAAUGAAUUAAAGAAUUGUACAAUAAAAUUAAAUAACGAUGCACAACACUGGCAACCACCAAUGGAUCCAACUAUUCUAUUAGAUGCUAUUAAUGAAUUAGUAAAACGUGCUCAACGAAGAUUGAGACAAGAAUUCGAUUAUAAAAAACAGAUGUUAGUAUUGGAUUCAAAUGAUCAUCAUCUGAUUACAAAAUUUUAUGAAUUGAAACCCAAUCAAGAACAGACACAUCUUGCUAGAAAGAUAUGGCAAACAACAGCUGAUCUUUUAAAAACAGAAGAACAAGUCGAAAUUCUUCGUAAACGAAUUUACUUACAACGAUUACCAAGUGGAAUUGAUAAAAUAAUUAAUCAAUCUAUUGCACCCAUUCAACUUCUACUUUCAAAUUGUGUUAUUAAUAAAGAUCGUGGUGCUAGUUUAUUGUCAUCUUGUUCAAAAACAAUUACACAAUAUAAAUUUGAUUUAAUGGUGUUAAACAUUGAUAUCAUUCAAAGUACUGGACGUGGUCAUCAACAAUUACUGGAUGAUCUCAACGAGAAAUUAUCACAAUUUUGUAAUGAAUCAUUAAUUGAAGCCAUUGAAAAUCGUCAACAAGCAAUGAGAAAACGUCAUGGAAUCCAAUUAAAACAUAAAUUACAUUCUUUUUUCGACGAAGCUCCGACGACAUCAAACGAAUGA